AUGGGCUCAGAGCAGGCUGUGCUCUGGGUGUGCCGCUCUUCUCCCUCCCGCUCCGCCGAAUGUCGCCGCUCACAGCGGCCGCUCCGGGAGCAGAGGGGACCGGGAGCGGAGCCGGCGGCAGGCUUGAUUAACAGAUCUUGGAGUGGAUGGCACCAUUGCCAGGUGAUCAGUGCUGCAGAGACAAUCAUCCUUCCUUCUCUGAUUGGGAUUAUCUGUUCAACAGGCUUAGUUGGAAAUAACYUCAUUCUCGCUCUUGUUCAGCCAUUUCACCUAAUCCACACGAGACCAAAAUCCAAGACAAUUAGAGUCGAUUUAUGUUUAUGGGUGGUAUCACUUCUGAUGUUCCCUGUGCACACUCAAAAAGUGGUAAAGUUCAAAGAUGGUUUGGAAAGUUGUGCUUUUGACCUGAUCUCACCUACUGAUGUUCUCUGAUAUACACUUUAUCUUACCAUAAUAACUUUCAUUUUUCCUUCACCAGUUUUCUGUGAAAAGGAAGUUGAUUUCCAUUACAUUACACCACCAGUAUCCCCAGGCAGAGUUAUGAGGUUUAUCAGGACGCUGCCUGCUCUGAUCAGCGUGUUUGUGGCAAGCACUGCCCUCUUCCAUGUUAUCCAGCUCCUGAAUCUUGGAGCUUCUCAGCCAGCCCUGACCUUCUGCACGAGCUGUUACAUCUCCAUGUGCCUCAGCUGUGCCAGCAGCAGCGUUAAUCCCUUCCUCUACAUCCUGCUUCACAGCUUCCAGGAUCUCCAGUGGUGCACAAACACGGAGGUCAGGAUGGUAGAACAGAAUGUCAAUCACAGUGAAAACACGCUCAAGUCAAGUUUUUGAAAGGAGGUUCUUCUUCCAAGAAAAAAGGUUCUAUCUAUGUGUAGAUUUUUUUGUUUCCAAUAGAUGGGCCUGAUUUCACUUCCCUCGUUUGAAACUAAGAAGUGGCUUUAUUGCUGAAUCACAGCAGUGUCAAGCUGAGGAUCAGAAAGGAAUCUGCACCACAAUUUUCAAGGUUAAAUCUCCUAGAAUAGGGAUUCUCUGCAAAAGAAUUCUUUGCUACUGUGACACUGUCUAUUUUAUGAUGAUUUGUACAUAUGUUGCCCCCAAAAGGAUGGAGACCAAAGUCAGUUUUGAAAGACAGCAACCCUGAUAGUAAGAUAAAAUGACUGUGGAGGGCACUUGGGAUCUGUGUAUGAGAUCAUGGAAACUGUAAGUGAAUGACAAAAAAAGUGACUUGGCUAUUGAUGAGUCAGAAAGGUGUACUGUUGAUUUUCAUCCUAACUACAGCUGUCUCAUCUGGCACUCACAUCUGAGCAAUUAAAGUCGAGGGAGG